AUGCCCUGCGUCCGCACCCUCCUCGGCCUCCUGGCGGCCUUGGCGGUCGGGGGCGCCGUCGCCUUCCUCGGCUACUGCCUGUACUUCGACCGGAAGCGGCGCGGCGACCCCGCGUUCAAGCGCCGCCUGCGGGACCGGAGAAGAGCGGCGCCGCGGGCCGGGGCAGGCGGCGCGCAGUUGUGGGAUCCAGAAAAGAAUGAAAAAUUGCAAGAACGUUUUCUGCAAGAGGUACAAAUGGGAGAACUUUGGUUAUCCAGAGGAGAGCAUAGAAUGGGGGUUGAACACCUCAGCAAUGCCCUCUUAGUGUGUGGGCAACCACAGGAACUUCUGAAGGUUUUCAAACACACACUCCCGCCCAAGGUAUUUGAGAUGCUGCUGCACAAAAUUCCUCUUAUUUGCCAGCAAUUUGAGGCAAACAUGAAUGAACAGGAAUACUUGGAGGAUGAUCCUGACUGA